AUGGGAAAGGAAAGCAGGGAAAGGGCGAUUGAGGCCAGACUGAGCCGGCCCAAGGAAGAUCCAAUGGGCAAGAGUCCUGACUUGAAGGAGGAAGUGAAUUCGAUAAAGAUAAAGGUCUAUGUUGGCGAGGAUGGAAGAGUUGUUCUAAAACCGUCCAACAAGAGACUUUCUACUGAGCUGAGCAAGCUGGAGGAAAGCAUGUAUGACAUCAAAAGCAACGAGUGGAGGAUAAGCGUGAGGGACUACAUAUCUGUGAGAGGAGAGCUGAGGAGGAACAAGCUUGUGUUUGACGAGAUUCCAAAGGGGACGCUAAGGAUUGCAGGGAAGGAGAUGGAUGAGGAGGAGUUUGAGCUUGCUGGGGACAUAUAUGACAUGCUGCUUCCGUUCCAGAGGGAGGGUGUGCGGUAUGCGUUGAGUAGGAGAGGAAGGAUAAUCAUUGCAGACGAUAUGGGGUUAGGAAAGACCAUCCAGGCGCUUGCUGUCUCGUAUUACUACAGGUCUGAGUGGCCUCUGCUGAUCAUUGCGCCUGCAUCUCUGCUUGAUGACUGGGCCGAUGCAUGCAAAAGAUUUCUAGGGGAAGAAGCUAUGGUGAUGAGAAGAAAGGGGGACUUUGGACAAACGAUCGGGGUUGUGAGUUACGAGGUGGCCUCCAGCAAUGUGUCUGGAUUGCUUGAACACAAGGCGGGCGUAGUCAUUGUUGAUGAGUGCCAUUACCUCAAAAGCCUGAACACUAAAAGAACAAAGGCAAUAGUCCCACUACUCCAGAAGGUUCCCAGAGCCAUUCUGCUUUCUGGAACACCUGCAGUGAGCAGGCCGCUUGAGCUGUAUCCCAUAAUAGCAUCUAUCGACAGAACGAUAUUUCCGCGCUUUGCAGAGUAUGGGGCUAGGUAUUGCAACGGAAGGAAGGUAGGCUUGUGGUAUGACUACAAGGGAUGCAGCAAUGCAGAGGAGCUCCACUAUGUCCUGAAGAAGUGUCUCAUGAUCAGGAGAACAAAGGAUGAGGUCUUAAGCCAGCUACCCCCGAAGUUCAGGAGACAGGUUAUUUUGCAGUGUGAAGGAAAGCAAAGCGAUCCUAGAAAAGAAGUUGUGGGAGAAAGCGUCGAUGCAAAUGUUGUUGUACAGUACAAGGAGGCUGUAAAACUGAAGAUGGGGCCUGUGAAGCAAUACCUGGCAACGAUGCUGGAGAAGAGCAUGAAAUUUGUGGUUUUCUGCCACCACUCUGAGAUGAUGGAUGGGAUUGAGGAGUUUUUUGUAGAAAGGAGGGUUCCAAUGAUCAGGAUUGACGGGUCUGUGCCCAGCGGAAACAGACAUCCUCUGGUCAGAGACUUCCAAGAAAACGACGAGAUAAGGGUUGCACUACUGAGCAUAACGGCAUGCAGCACGGGGCUUACACUCACUGCGGGGAGGGCUGUAGUGUUUGCAGAGCUGUACUGGAAUCCCGGUGUUCUUCUUCAGGCGGAGGACAGGAUACACAGGAUAGGGCAGAAAGGCAGUGUCGACAUUAUAUACCUGGUUGCAAGAGGGACUAUUGACGAGUAUGUAUGGCCCAAGCUUCUGUCGAAGCUGAAUGUUCUUGAGUCUCUGGGAAUAGGAAGUAACCAAUUGAAGAAUGUGGGAGUAUCCUCCCAAUCCAGUGGGCAGAAAACCCUAUACCAGCUCAACAUCAAAAAGUGUAACUGA